UCUGCUCUCGGUUCCUCUUUCCUCGCUUAAGAUGGCGCUGCUCGCGAUACAUUCCUGGCGCUGGGCAGCUGCGGCGGCUGCUUUCGAAAAGCGCCGGCACGCCGUGAUUUUGAUCCGGCCUCUAGUCUCUAUCCACGGCGGCCCAGAUCCGCAGUGGAGGUCACGUCAGCUCGGCGCCUCGGGAAUUUCUCGAAUCUCUCAGAUCUCAGAGUCAUUAAGACAUACCACAUGGCAGAGACUGGGAAAAGGCAAUUCAAGACAGUUAUUAGAUGCUACAAGGGCUCUCCAGGCAUGGCCACUGAUAGAAAAGAGGACGUGUUGGCAUGGUCACGCAGGAGGAGGACUCCACACAGACCCGAAAGAAGGGUUAAAAGAUGUUGAUACUCGGAAAAUCAUAAAAGCAAUGCUCUCUUAUGUGUGGCCCAAAGACAGGCCAGAUCUACGAGCUAGAGUUGCCAUUUCCUUGGGACUUUUGGGUGGAGCAAAGGCCAUGAAUAUUGUGGUUCCCUUUAUGUUUAAAUAUGCUGUAGACAGCCUCAACCAGAUGUCAGGAAACAUGCUGAACCUGAGUGAUGCACCAAAUACAGUUGCAGCCAUGGCAACGGCAGUUCUGAUUGGCUAUGGUGUAUCAAGAGCCGGAGCUGCCUUUUUUAAUGAAGUUCGAAAUGCAGUAUUUGGCAAGGUAGCCCAAAAUUCAAUCCGAAGAAUAGCCAAAAAUGUCUUUCUCCAUCUUCACAACCUGGAUCUGGCUUUCCACCUAAGCAGACAGACAGGAGCUUUAUCAAAGGCUAUUGACAGAGGGACAAGGGGUAUCAGUUUUGUCCUGAGUGCUUUAGUAUUUAAUCUUCUUCCUAUCAUGUUUGAGGUGACACUUGUCAGUGGUGUUUUGUAUUAUAGAUGUGGUGCCCAGUUUGCAUUGGUAACCCUUGGGACACUUGGUGCAUACACAGCAUUCACAGUUGCCAUCACACGGUGGAGAACUAAAUUUAGAAUAGAAAUGAACAAAGCAGAUAAUGAUGCAGGUAAUGCUGCCAUAGACUCACUGCUGAACUAUGAAACUGUGAAGUAUUUUAAUAAUGAAAAUUAUGAAGCACAAAGAUACGAUGAAUUUUUGAAGACAUAUGAGACUGCUUCAUUGAAAAGUACCUCUACUCUGGCUAUGCUGAAUUUUGGUCAAAGUGCUAUUUUCAGUAUUGGUUUAACAGCCAUUAUGGUGCUCGCCAGUCAGGGAAUUAUGGCAGGUACCCUUACCGUUGGAGAUUUAGUAAUGGUGAAUGGACUGCUUUUUCAGCUUUCAUUACCCCUUAACUUUCUGGGAACUGUAUACAGAGAAACUAGACAAGCACUCAUAGAUAUGAACACCUUGUUUACUCUACUUAAGAUAGACACCAGGAUUAAAGACAAAGUGAUGGCAUCCCCCCUUCAGAUCACACCACAAACAGCUACGGUGGCUUUUGAUAAUGUGCAUUUUGAAUACAUUGAGGGGCAAAAAGUCCUUGGUGGAAUAUCUUUUGAAGUCCCUGCAGGAAAGAAAGUGGCCAUUGUAGGAGGUAGUGGGUCAGGGAAAAGCACAAUAGUGAGGCUGUUGUUUCGCUUCUAUGAGCCUCAAAAGGGUAACAUUUACCUUGCUGGUCAAAAUAUACAAGAUGUGAGCCUGGAAAGCCUUCGGAGGGCAGUGGGAGUGGUACCUCAGGAUGCUGUCCUCUUCCAUAAUACCAUUUACUACAACCUCUUAUAUGGAAACAUCAAUGCUUCACCUGAGGAAGUAUAUGCAGUGGCAAGAUUAGCUGGACUCCAUGAUGCAAUUCUUCGAAUGCCAUAUGGAUAUGACACCCAAGUAGGGGAACGAGGACUCAAGCUUUCAGGAGGAGAAAAGCAAAGAGUAGCAAUCGCAAGAGCCAUUUUGAAAGACCCCCCAGUCAUUCUCUAUGAUGAAGCCACUUCAUCAUUAGAUUCAAUUACUGAAGAGACUAUUCUUGGUGCCAUGAGGGAUGCAGUCAAGCACAGAACUUCUAUUUUCAUUGCACACAGAUUGUCAACAGUGGUUGAUGCAGAUGAAAUCAUUGUCUUGGACCAGGGUAAGGUAGCUGAACGUGGUACCCACCAGGGUUUGCUUGCUAACCCUGGCAGUAUCUAUUCAGAAAUGUGGCAUACACAGAGCAGCCGUGUGCAGAACCAUGAUAACCCCAAAUGGGAUGCAAAGAAAGAAAAUGUGUCCAAAGAGGAGGAAAGGAAGAAACUACAAGAAGAAAUUAUCAACAGUGUAAAAGGCUGUGGAAACUGUUCCUGCUAAGUGACAUGAAACAUUUUCUUUUCUUUCUUUUUUUUCCUUGACUACACAUUUGCACUGAAGCAGAAUUGUUUUAUUAAAAAAAAAUCAUACAUUCCCACUUUCUAUAAUACUUCUUUUAGGUAAGAUUUAUUUCAAAGGGGAAUUGUGUUUUACAUCUUUCACAAUCUGUUUAAUGUAGUACCUGUAUUUAAUCCCCAAAUUAUUUUCUUGUUACUGCCUUAUUUGUGAUCAAAGCAUAAUUUUUGUUACUAUUUGACUUUACCCCAUUUCCAUUUUUGUGGGCUGAGAGCCAUUUGAUAAUCCAUAAUCAGAUGAAUCAGAUUGGUUUCCAAAUUUUUGUAGUUUUUCAAACCUCCUUUAUGCUGACAAUUUAGAUAGGAAGUGUUUGUUUCUUAAAAAAAAAAGAAGACAGUAUAGAUUCAGUUUCUCCUUCCUGUCCUUCAUUUAAAUACUUCCAUGAUAGAUAUCUAUACAUAUAUUUAAAAAUUAUUUGCCACUGUUACACUUUUAUGAAGAAAAACCUUGAGUCUCAUGUUCGUAUGUAGAAUGUUCUUCAUCAUUAACCAGCAUUAUAACUAUCAUCUAGUGGUGGGAAUUCUAUUUUUCCACCAAAUGAAGUGUUGCUUUUGUUUUGGACCAAAAUUUAUACAUUUCUCUUUUAAGACUCACAAACCCUGAUGUAAUUUGAGAGUUACCAUACUGGGAGUGAUCUAAAAAGCUUAGAAAGUUAAUUGCCUUUUCUAUUUCCAUCUUAAAUGCAUUUCUUUAGCUAUCUGAAGUUAUACAAAGGAACAACCAAAAGUGAUGUGUGCAUGCAUGCAUGUGUCUGCACACACUCAUACAUGUGUAUAAAGCAACAUCUACUUAAAAUUAUUAAUGACGUUUAAACAAAUAGGAGACGAUUACAUAUAUAUUUAGGUGAUCAGGACUCUAAUCUGUGUUGACACUUCAGAAUUACUUUAUUAGAAGGUCUUCCCUUCCUUUCUCAGUAGUUUAAUGAGUUCUUUUAAGCUUGAAAUAACGAGGGGCCCAAACAAAAUAAUCACAUUUUACCUGCUAGAAAUAAUUAAUAAAAUGUUGGUAUAUAUUCACUUAGAAAGCUCCUGUUCUUUUCCAACUUAAAUUUGCUUUAAUUUGGUAGUAAUCUUUCAACUUGAAAAGCUUGUGUAUCUCAUGAAUAGCCACAUAACUGUAUAUAAUGAAUUUUUAUUUCUCAGGAAAGGUCUUAAAGUAUUUAUUUUGUUGGUCUAUGAUUUUAAUGCGUUUUAAAUGAUACUUUGGUAUAGGUGAGACUAACUUUUUUCUGUUUUGUAUUGUCAUUAGUAGGUGGAUAUCUAAACUUACCUAACUCAGGUGUCCAGUUUUGUUAUAUAAAGGUGAUUUGAUAAGUAGCUUGAAGCCAGUAUUUUAUGGUUAGUCUCUGACAACAGAAUAAGUGAUGCCUCUUCCUUUUGGAGUUGGAGUUAACACUGAGAUGGAUAAUCAACUGCAAAAUAGGAAGAAAUGGACAUUUCUUCCUCUGAAGCCGUAGAUAUUGCUGUUCUGAGGGGGAAAAAACCCACCUCCUUUGAGUAACUCAGCUGUAUUAUUAGAAAUGUGGUUUGUUGAGAUAGAAAUGUUGCUUCUAUUAAUUCCUUCUAUACGUUUCCAGUAUUGCGGAUGGAAAAGAUUUAGCUUAGUUGCAUAAUCAAGCAGUUAAGAUCAAAGUAAUCAUUAGUAAUAUUCAUUCUGAAUGUGAAUAGUGGUAAUCAAAGUAAAGGAUUCUGUGAUACGGGAAACAUUUAGUCAAAGAAGGAUAGGAAUGUUUUUAGGGUGGGGAAAAUUUCCCUACUAAGAUUUGAAGCUAUUAUCUGUUCAUAUGACUGGAGGUGGUCUCUGGACCAUUGGGUCAUUGUGGUCAUUAACCAGUAGUUUCAACUAAUAAAAACUUAAAUUACUUAAAAAACA